AUGGUCAUUGAGGGUACUUGUUACAUAAACAGAGAGAGAGAGAAGGGUGAGAAGGGAAGAGUCUGUGUUACAGGUGCAGGCGGGUAUUGUGCUUCUUGGGUGGUGAAGCUUCUUCUCUCGAAGGGAUACACCGUACACGAAACCGUUCGAGAUCCAGAUGAUGAAAAGAAGAAUGGGCAUUUAAAGAAAAUGGAAAAUUCAUCAAAUCUUCAGCUCUUCCAUGCAGAUGUCAUGGACUAUGAUUCUCUCUCUAGAGCCAUCUCAGGAUGUGAGGGAGUAUUUCAUGCAGCAAGUCCAGUCCCAUCUGGUCAACUUACAGAUUUCCAGAAAGAAUUGGUGGAUCCACCAGUAAAGGGAGCACUGAAUGUGCUAAAAGCAUCUCAUGAGGCAGGAAUCAAAAGAGUUGUGCUUGUGUCUUCAAUGGCCGCUGUAGUAAACAAUCCGAAGUGGCCCAAGGAUAUACAUAUGGAUGAGACUUGCUGGUCCGAGAUGCCAUCUUGCAAAACAGCCGAGGUGACGAGAGAUUAUCCCCGCCUCGAGGGGAAAAUACAUGCUCUGGUUGAUGUACGGGAUGUAGCUGAGGCACUUUUGCUGGUUUAUGAAAACCCUAAAGCAGCUGGAAGAUACAUUUGGGUUGCAUAUUCUUUGAAAUUCAGGGAAAUGGCUGAGAUAAUUAAGAGGCGCUAUCCUAACUUUGAGUACACAACUGAGUUUACUGAUGAGAAGGGUAACAAAGAAUUCAAUUCAGAGAAGCUCAAGUCAUUGGGAUGGAAGUUCAGGCCUUUGGAAGACACUCUGGUUGAUUUUGUUGAAUAUUUACAUGAAGCAGGUCUCUUGAAAUGGAAGGAAUCAUUUUAGUUAUAGAGAUGAGGAAUUAAAUAAAGGUGCGGUUUGU